UUGAUAACGUACUUCAAAGCUUUUCAACUGCUCAGUCAAAUCAAUGGGUCGGUCAGGUGCUCGAAGGAGGAAGGUUUCUGACAUAUUCAUGUAAUAGGAGGAAAUAUCGUAUAAUGCUGACGAUCAAAUGGAGCCUUAUAUCGAAAGAAGAGAUAUAAUGGCAGACGAAACAAUAGAUAAUAUAUCUGUGGUAGACGUGUACGACCAAGCGGCAGGGAUUGGAAAAGAAUUCGAAAAAUUGAUCGAGGGUUAUGGCGUUGAGGCGGUGACAGAUUUAAUGCCUAAAGUCAUCAAAUCUUUAGAACAAUUAGAGACGCUUGCUGCUCGAUAUGAAAAAGAGACCAAUGAGAUUUCAGACUUGAAAUUUCUAAUAGAAAAACUUGAAGUAGAAAAGAAUGAAAAACAACAAGAAAGACUGCGAUAUGAAGAGGAGUUGGAGAAGAUUGAGGAGGAAUGGCGAAAGGAGACUAAAGACUUACUGAAAUCUGUAUCACGACUACAGGAAGAUAAUCGUCGCAUGAAAGAGGCACUGACCGACCAGAAACAGACGAUGGCUCAGGAGGUUGCACAAGUUACAAAAAUAACUGAAGAGAAAGAGAUAGAAGUGCUAAUAAAAUUAAAAGACACAGUUGACAAACAACGAGAAGAUUUACGAAAAACAAAGCAGGAUCUUAAGGAGAAGGCUAUGGAUUGUGAUGCUCUGGAAUCACAACUGGAACAAAUAGUGAAAGUUAAUUCUGAAUUAAGGAGGAAAAACAAUACCCAUAAAAAACAAACAAGAACUUUACUGGAGGAAAAGGUUGACCUAGAAACUCAGCUAGCGGACAAGGAACAGCAGAUUUCACACAUUAAUGAGGCGAUCAAAGAGCAGGAGGCUAUUGAGGAGGAGAAAAAGGCCAGCAGCCGAAAACAAACGUUAUCUGAUGCCAGUGCUGAGGAGGAUCAUGACCAGGUAAACAAUUUACCUCAGGAUUUGAAUGACGAGUUUUUGAGUGAAGAUGUGGCUGACGGUAAUGUUGAUGGUACCACACCCCUGAAUCAAUUAGAGGGUGAAAACAUGGCCGUCCUUCAACAUAAACUCAGCACUAUAGGCAAAAUGGUGAUCGACAUGAAGGACCCUAACCGCCCACGAUUCACCCUCAAUGAACUGAGGACAGUGUUGAUGGAGAGAAAUGAACUUAAAACUAAGUUAAUAGAAGUGGAGGAGGAACUGACCUCAUUUAAACCAAAACUUGAUGCUGACUCAGCCAAUGCAUGCCUUGAAACCUCUACUGACUCCAUGAAUUCCUACAGUGGGGAGGAUGACCUUCCAGUCCAAGGCCCUAUCAACAAGGAGCCAGAUGAGAAACUUUACCCAGGCCUCAAACGGGAGACAGGCAUACGCAAAUUUUUUACUGGACUGAUGGAAAAACUCAAUCUACCCGAAUUGGACUUCUAACCAUAUCUGUAAAUUCUGUCACCUUUUAAGUUUAUGUUUGGUGGACCACCUAACGACACACGACACAGGACUAGAAGCCACAUCCAUUGACAUCUCUUUGGGCUGGAGGACAACCAAGAACUCUUCUGUGACUUUGAUGUCAACAUGGCAGCUACCUGGUCACAUUUCCUUGGAGAUGACAUUUCACCUGUUGAACUAUUGGUCAGCAGUGUCUGGGAUACACCUGAUGCAUCAUGGGACCAAAGCUUGUUAUGAGUUGUGAUAAUUUUUACAUUGUUACUGUAGAACAGGCUAUUUUUGAUAUUUGAUGAUGUCUACAUAUUUGAUAUUCUAAAUUUUGACUUGCUGGAUCAUAUUAUUAGCAUAUAUCUGUGAUACUAUUAUACAUGUCUUACCGUAGUUACUAGUAAGUUUGUACUGUAGCUAGCGUGUUUUAACCCUUUCACCACUGUAGACCAUACUAGACUCAUCCAUAUCAAUACAUGGGAGAGUCUACUAAAGUUACUUAGGGGUGAAAGGGUUAAAUAGUAUUAUACCCUAGGUGAUUAAUUUUGUUCCACUAAUUUGAAUUUUUACCAAAUUUAGAUAAAGUCAAAUGCCAUAUUUUCGACAACACAAAAAAAAGCUGAUGAGGAAGUUUUUUUACUUCACAAGUUAUACCUGUUCUACAGUAAUGAGGCUAGAUCUAUACUCUAGUAACCAUGGUUUAGUCCGAGUACCCACACCCUAUACUCUAGUAGCCAUAGUAACCAUGGUUUAGUCCGAGUACCCACACCCUAUACUUCACAGCUAAAUCUGAUAUUGAGAUUUAAUCACUGUUAACACCAGGUAUCCUUAGCUCUAAAUUUGAAAAACAUGAAAAUGCAACAGACUUUAUGCCAUUAUACUGCUCUACCACAUCAAUGGCCUUGGAUGAUUUUAACAUCGUAGUUAAACAAAUGUAUCCUGCUAGUGCUAUAGAUCAUGUCGGUGUGAUCAUGCCAUAAAUAAGGAUAUUAUGUUAAAGUUCAUCAAAAUAAGUCAUCUGGAUCACCAUUGCUUUGUUAAAACAAUGGAUCUCAACAACAGAUUAGCAGUGUAAGUAUACUGUCCGGUUACCUUGGUGAUCAAUUAACAGAAAGUGCCACCAUAUCAUGCUACAAUGCUCUAGAAGUAUAUGUGUGACUUGCGCAUGUAUAUACAAUGUCUGUGUGUGGGAUUUAUGAACAAAUGGCCAAGUUUAUGUUUGCAUAUGUAUGGCAGUCAUGUUACUGAUUAUGUUUAAUUUUGUUAUUUUUCAUUUAUGUUACGUAAUCAUGUUGGUACCAGUAUACCUCACUUGAUAAUGUUAGCUAUAUAUUUAUAAUCAUGAUCUGUAUAAAAAGUUUGAAGAGUCUAAAUUAAUUUAUUUCUUCAAGUAAAUUUC